UGUUAUUUUUGGCAUUUGAAGAGGACCUAAAAGGUACACAUUAACUUUUCUAGAUUCACCCUGAUUUGUUUUUAAAGAAUCUUCUUCAUCUGGUGGAGAGCCUCAAGUGAAAAGUCACCAUGUGGGAGUUCCGGUCCAUGAAUUUUUGGCGAGCGGUCUUUGCAGAGUUCUUCGGGACCAUGUUCUUUGUAUUCUUCGGCAUGGGCGCUGCUCUGCGCUGGACCACCGGGCCUCAUCAUGUCCUUCAUGUGGCCCUGUGUUUCGGGCUAGCAGCUGCCACCCUCAUCCAGUCCAUUGGCCACAUCAGCGGCGGCCACAUCAACCCUGCCGUCACCUUUGCCUACCUUGUUGGCUCACAGAUGUCUCUUUUUCGCGCCGUUUUCUACAUAGCCGCCCAGUGCCUGGGUGCUGUAGCUGGAGCUGCUGUGCUGUACGGGGUCACACCUGGCAACAUGAGAGGCAACAUGGCAAUGAACACACUGCAGCCUGGCAUCAGUCUGGGAAUGGGCACCACUGUGGAGGUUUUCCUCACCAUGCAGCUUGUGGUGUGCAUCUUCGCCGUGACCGAUGAGAGGAGAAACGGACGCAUGGGAUCUGCUGCCCUAUCCAUCGGCUUCUCCGUCACCAUCGGACAUCUCAUGGGGAUGUACUACACCGGUGCUGGAAUGAACCCUGCUAGGUCCUUUGCCCCUGCUGUGCUUUUCAGGAACUUCAUCAACCACUGGGUGUACUGGGUCGGGCCUAUGAUAGGAGGUGCCAUGGGCGCCCUCCUGUAUGAUUUCAUGCUGUUCCCACGCAUGAGAGGUUUGUCCGAGCGCCUGGCCACACUGAAGGGCAGUCGACCCCCUGAGAGCGAGACCCAGCAGGACACCCGUGGGGAGCCCAUCGAGCUCAAAACGCAAGCCCUAUAAACCUGCCCCUGCCCCCUUUUCCGACUGGGGCUGAGGGAUGAGGGACAAGGCCCUGAGCUACGUCAGUCCCACCUCCACUGCCCCCACCCCACCCCCCAUGCCUUCACACAACAUCACACAAGACUAACCCAAAUACUCACAUCUAGACUAACAAAUGAUACAAUUUUUCCAGUUCUACUGUAAAAAAAACGACACAUACACAGGUUCACAACCUUCAACCUCAACACACAACAAGACUCCUCUACCCCCCAGUCCUCACUCUGUAUUCUGACCUGGACAUUGUGUUUUUGAUAAAUGGUGACCAGAGCCUGAACCAGCAGCUGCCUCGUCUGCCUCCGUCUGCCUGCUUUCUCCUUCCAGCCAGGCCUUCAUCUGCGACUCCAAAGAGUGUGGAAAUCCUUUAAUUGUGCAGAGGGGUUUGAGGAUAUGGGUGUUGGAAAUGUUGGGAGACCAAGGGCAGGAUGAGGGAGAGGUGGGGAUGUGGGUAUGGCAUGAGAAGGGUAAGAGGACAUGGGGCAGGUGAGGAUGGAGUAGAGGGGUAGGGGUUGGGGUUUGAGUAGGGUAGAGAGGGCAACACUCUGGGCUUGUGGUCAUUUCAAGUUGGGUUAGACCAGUGAAGAUGGGCAUGCUUUUCAUUAUUCAUCUGAAUUUAUCUCCAUUUUAGUUUUUGUUUUUUAGGUUCAUUUUGUUUUCUGCACUUCAGACACAAGACGUGGAUGUAUGAUACCAUUAGAUUUUACCAGGGUUUCACUAUUUUCAAUCACUACAUUUUAUCUGUGGGUUUGUGUUUGUGUGUGCGUGUGUGGAUACUUCUGCAGUAUGUGU